AUGAUCCACAACCAAGGUCUUUUUUGGUGGUUCAGUGUCACGAAUGCAAGCAGAUUCACUUUUCAAAUUACGGUAUUUGAAAUUAUAAGUGACCAUCCAAGUAUAAUAAUUACAAAAGACACACAAUCUAUCUUUGAAUUGAUUAUAUCUUUACAUGUUCCAACAGAUGUCCUUGCAAAUACAUUCUGGUGCCAUCCAUCGGUGUAUAAUGGUGGUAGCUUAAAGAGUUCUUCAUUCAUUUUCAAAUUGAUUUAUACCUAG